UGGCAUCUUGGAGGGGCCCCUGCCUCGUCCCACCCACCCAGGACCUUAUAAAUCCCCCCCGGCUCCAGCUGGCAAAGGGGCAGGAGCCACGCAGUGAGCAAGAUGGAUGACAGCUCCAAAGAGGUGCUGCUGGAGGAGGCACCUCCGAGGUACUCAGCCUCCCCCAGCCAGGCCUGCAUCUCUGAGCAGCUCAAGAGCCUCCUGAUCAUGGUGGUGGUGGUGGUCGUCUUCAUGGUGGUCAUCGUCGCUUUCCUUCUGCUGGGGCUGCGCAUCACCGAGAUGCACGCUGAGACGGUCUUGAGAAUGACCAUCCAUGGCCUGGAUGGUAAGGGGACCCCUCAGCACCUCUCCAUGAGCAAGAAGGAAAGGAUCGGGACGUUCGCUGUGCAGGAUGGGCUCAACACCUCUGCCAUGGUGGUGUACGACUACAGCAAGCUGCUGGUCAGCUACAGGUCCUGGUGUCACCAUGCCUGCUACAUCACCCGCAUGGACAAGGACAGCAUCCCAGGGCUGGAUGUCAUCACCAAGACCUUCCAGCACCGGCAGGAUGAGACAAAGGAGGGAGGGGACAACGCCAUGCCGCUGGCUGAUCGCUCCAUGCUGGGCACCACCGUUAACAUCCUCUGCAGCACCGUCCCUGUGUACUGGGCUUAGAGAGCACCAGGAUCAGGGCAGUGGGAUGGGGAUGUCACCAUCCCUGUAGUCCCUGCAUUGCCUUCCAGGUGGGAUGCUCAGGCAUCUCUCCUCCUCCCCAACCUCAUCUGGCGUGCGACCCAGGAGCACCUGCCCUGCCACGGGGAUGCUCCGUCUACUCGGCACCGUGGCUUUCCCACUGUUCUGGCAAUAAAGAAGUGGGAUUUGC